AUGGCAUCCAGAGAUGUUGUUCUAGGAAUCUUCUUCCUGUCACACACUGUGGUUGGAGCUCUGGGCAAUUCCUCUCUUCUUCUCCAUUUCCUGGUCCUUGACUUCACCAGGUGCAGGGUACGACCCACAGACUUGAUUCUGAAGCACUUGAUUGUGGCCAACUUGUUAAGCCUCCUGUGUAAAGGAGUUCCCCAGUCUAUGGCAGCUUUCAAUUUGAAAUUUUAUCUUGGUGAUUUUGAAUGCAAACUGCUAUUCUACCUGUACAGGGUGGGCAGAGGUGUGUCCAUUGUAACCACAUGCCUUCUGAGUGUCUUUCAGGCCAUCACCAUCAGCCCCAGUGAAUCCUGGUGGGCAGAGCUUAAAGUCAAAGCUCCAAGGUAUACUGGAUCCUCCAUGUACCUGAGCUGGGUCUUGAACCUGCUUAUAAAUAUCAUUAUUCUUAUGUAUAUCACUGGAAAAAGGAACAACACAACAAUGACAAAUCUAAAAGAUUUUGGAUACUGUUUUAGUGUUCGUCAUAACAUAGCAACAGACUCACUGCAUGCAACUUUGCUAACAUUCCCUGAUGGUGUGUGUGUGGGCCUCAUGCUGUGGGCCAACAGUUCCGUGGUGCUCAUCCUCUACAGACACAAGCAGAGAAUGCAGCCCAUUCUUAAGACCAGUUGCCCUAGGUCUUCCCCUGAGUCCAGAGCCACCAAAACCAUCCUUCUCCUGGUGAGCACCUUUGUCUUUUUUUACACACUUUCCUGUAUCUUUCAGGUUUGUUUGUGUGUUGUUCAUAAUCCCAACUGGUUCCUGGUGAAUAUGGCUGCAAUAGUCUCUGGGUGUUUCCCAGUUGUCAGCCCCUUCCUGCUUAUGAGUCGAGACUCCAGGUCCUGUUUUGUCUGGAUACAUAAUAGAAAAUCCCCCUGA